CGGGGCGGGCGGGGCUGCUCGGCGCAAGCGCGCUGCCGCCUGGCGGGGCCGCCGCGGGGCCCGUUAAGGCGGCGGGAAGCGGGAGUCCCCGUGCGCGCCAUGGCGAAGCGCCUGAGGAGCAGCGAGGUGUGCGCCGACUGCAGCGCCCCGGAUCCCUGCUGGGCAUCGAUAAACAGGGGGAUUCUCAUCUGUGAUGAGUGCUGUAGUGUUCAUCGAAGUCUGGGGCGUCACAUCUCUCAAGUGAGGCAUCUCAAGCACACCCCAUGGCCUCCAACACUGCUGCAGAUGGUGGAAACACUUUAUAAUAAUGGUGCAAACUCCAUAUGGGAACAUUCCUUGCUGGACCCUGCCUCUGUUAUGAGUGGGAGGCGCAAAGCAAGCCCACAGGAUAAAGUGCAUCCCAAUAAAGCAGAAUUCAUUAGAGCUAAAUAUCAAAUGUUGGCGUUUGUUCAUCGCUUGCCGUGCCGUGAGGACGACAGUGUCACUGCCAAAGAUCUCAGUAAGCAACUCCAUUCCAGUGUGAGGACAGGGAACCUGGAGACGUGUCUGCGAUUGCUUUCCUUGGGAGCUCAAGCUAACUUCUUUCAUCCUGAGAAAGGCAACACCCCACUCCACGUGGCUGCCAAGGCAGGACAGACUCUACAGGCAGAGUUAUUAGCAGUUUAUGGCGCUGAUCCUGGCACGCAAGAUUCCAAUGGAAAAACUCCAGUUGACUAUGCAAGACAAGGGGGGCACCAUGAGCUGGCAGAGCGCCUUGUGGAGAUCCAGUACGAGCUCACAGACAGGUUGGCUUUCUACCUCUGUGGCAGGAAACCAGAGCAUAAAAAUGGACAGCACUUUGUGAUACCUCAGAUGGCAGACAGCAGUCUAGAUUUGUCAGAACUCGCAAAGGCAGCCAAGAAGAAGCUUCAGUCUCUAAGCAACCACUUAUUUGAAGAACUUGCCAUGGAUGUCUAUGAUGAAGUUGACAGGAGGGAGACCGACGCAGUUUGGCUUGCUACUCAGAACCACAGUACACUUGUGACAGAGACCACAGUGGUCCCUUUUCUUCCUGUAAAUCCUGAAUAUUCCUCAACCAGGAAUCAGGGAAGGCAGAAACUGGCUCGAUUUAAUGCCCAUGAAUUUGCUACGUUAGUUAUAGAUAUUUUAAGUGAUGCCAAACGGAGGCAACAGGGGAAUCCUCUCUCUGGUUCAAAAGAAAACGUGGAGCUGAUUCUCAAAUCAAUCAGCAGUCAGCAUAGUAGUGAGAGUCAGGACAAUGACCAGCCUGAUUAUGACAGCGUUGCUUCAGAUGAGGAUACGGAUCUGGAAACAAAUGCAGCUAAAUCAAACAGGCAGAAGAGCCUGGAUUCGGACUUGUCGGAUGGACCAGUGACAGCCCAAGAAUACAUGCAAGUUAAAAAUGCACUGGUGGCUUCAGAAGUGAAGAUUCAGCAGUUAAUGAAAGUGAACAUCAACCUGAGUGAUGAGCUGAGGAUCAUGCAGAAAAAGCUUCAAACGCUACAGAGUGAAAAUACCAACCUCAGAAGACAGGCCACAACCAAUAUAUAUCAGGUCCAAAGUGGUUCUGAGUACACAGACCCUACCAACAAUUCUUCUUUAAAGCGACGACCAUCUGCACGUGGUAGCAGACCCAUGUCCAUGUAUGAGACUGGAUCAGGUCAGAAACCCUACCUCCCCAUGGGAGAGGUUCCAUACCCAGAAGAAAGCAUAACACGACUGCAGCCUUUCCCUCCACAUAUCGGGAGGAGUGCGUUUGUGACCUCCUCUUCAUCUCUACCUUCCUUCCCCUCCACGCUUUCCUGGUCAAGGGAUGAAAGCACACGAAGGGCCUCCAAGCUGGAGAAGCAGAGCAGCGUGUCCGAGGGUGACUACGACAACCCCCCCACCCCCCUGGAGCUGGAGGAGACGGGGUCGGGCAGGAAGGGCCGGCAGAGGAGCAUCAUCUGGCAGGGGGAGGGAUCCAUCCCUGAAGACACGGACACAGCCCCCAGCUCCAGUUUGCCCAGUACGGAAGAUGUGAUUCGGAAAACGGAGCAGAUCACGAAGAACAUCCAGGAGCUGCUGCGGGCGGCGCAGGAGAACAAGCACGACAGUUAUAUACCGUGCUCCGAGAGGAUACAUGUGGCAGUAACAGAAAUGGCAGCCUUGUUCCCAAAAAAACCCAAAUCUGAGCUGGUCAGGACUUCCUUGCGCCUGCUGACAUCUAGUGCCUACAGACUCCAAUCCGAGUGCAAAAAGACGCUUCCCGUGGAGACGUGCCCCGGCACCGACAUCCAGCUGGUCACGCAGCAGGUCAUCCAGUGCGCCUACGACAUUGCCAAGGCAGCCAAGCAGCUGGUCACCAUCACAACCAAAGAGAACAACAACUGAGUCACACUUGGCUUUUUAGUCCUGUUUUGUAGAGGUUGGAUUGCAGACAUAGGUGUGGAACUGCUUGGAUUUUUAUGAGGAAGAACUAAAGGGGCAAGAAACUUUUUAUUUUAAGAAACCCUCAGUAUUAUUUUUGCAUGUUUUCUAACGAUUUUAUGAUUAAUUUAACCCACUGCCUUAUUUUGUGCCUGUGUUGCCAGUUUAGUUACAGGUAAUAGCAUGUUGCAAAUAGCUGUCGAGCCAAUACAGCGUACCAGCGUUGUCUCAAGCUCUUGCUAGAUGUUUCCUUGGGGGCCACGUUCUGCAUUCAGAUAGCACUUUGCAAAACUCCCACUGGAGUCACCACGUCCACCAGUGGGCCACAUCCUGCCCCUGGAGCUCUCUGUCCUGGAGCUGCACAUGUCCUGAUGGUGCUGAGAACCCUGCAGCAAAAGAGGCUCUGAAGGCUCCAGGACCGUAACCGGCUGCCGUCCCGAUGGAGGAGUAUGAGCCGAGUAGUAUCUGUUCCCAUAUCAACUGUUGUGCAAUAAUACGUUCUUAGUCUGCUACAACAAGGAGUAGUUGUGGGCAUCCAAGCUUAUGACGUGUAACUAUACGAGGUCUUUGUCACUUUAUCUGUUUUUUGGAAGGAAUUUGAAACUUAGUAGUUCUUUCUUUUAGUUGUCACUAUGCCAUUAAUAUAUAUGUUUGAUGUUACUUUAGGGCAUUAGUGGUUAAAAUAUUAUCCUUUGUUUCUGAUUUA